UUCAUGGCUCGUUACCGCUUGAGUGAGAAUGUCGACAGUUGUCUUCUUAAAGGGACAGUGCGACACUUCGUCUUGUUUGCAGCUGCGCAGAGGACGCCUGUCGCUUUAAAAAGCGUGACAGUUCAUAGAUGCAAAAGUGGGCUAUGUGAGUUUUUGCUGUGUCGGGGGCUGUAGCGUUCUCAUACCGCUGUCGACCUUUGGAUCUCGACCCUCGGGGACAGUAGGCAGAUCCGCCGUCCUCACUGACAAUUGGCUGUGCUCCUCUUCUCUUGAGAACUACUGAUUCCUAUUACGCUUCAGCUCGAGACCAAAACACAGAAGAGAUGUGGCGCGAGUGUGCGCGAUGCUGCCAAAGUCCCCGGUCCUUAGCGCAGGCCCUUAUCGCAAUGUUUGAAGAUUAACGAGGUUAUCCGUGUCCUCUAGACCACCAGAGAUACAGCAGCUGUUCCCAGCAGGCCACGAAGCCACCCUAGCAGCCGGACAGCGUGUCGAGACGGACUGACAGGAAGGAAGUAACCGCUGUAUCUGCACGGGACAAGCAGAGCCUGGUAGCAUGACUGAAAAACGAAUGUCGCGGUGGUAUUUCGGUGGGCUGGCAUCAUGUGGAGCCGCCUGCUGCACACAUCCUCUGGAUCUCCUUAAGGUACACUUACAGACGCAGCAGGAGGUAAAGAAGAGGAUGAUUGGAAUGGCUGUUCAUGUGGUGAAGAACGACGGAGUCCUGGCUCUAUACAGUGGUCUAUCUGCUUCACUAUGUAGACAGAUGUCAUAUUCCCUCACCAGAUUUGCCAUCUAUGAAACAGUGAGGGACAUGAUGGGCAGCACGAACCAGGGCCCCAUGCCUUUUUACCAGAAGGUCCUGCUGGGAGCCUUUGGAGGUUUCACUGGUGGGUUUGUUGGGACCCCUGCAGACAUGGUGAAUGUCAGGAUGCAGAAUGACAUGAAACUACCACCAGAACUGAGGAGAAACUACAAACAUGCCAUUGAUGGACUUUUUAGAGUCUUCAGAGAAGAGGGCAUCAGGAAACUCUUUUCAGGAGCCUCCAUGGCCUCCAGCAGAGGAGCAAUGGUUACUGUGGGACAGUUGGCAUGUUAUGACCAAGCCAAGCAGCUGGUGUUAGGAACAGGCAUGAUGGGAGAUAACAUAUUCACACACUUUCUUUCCAGCUUCAUUGCGGGAGGCUGUGCUACAUUCCUGUGUCAGCCUCUAGACGUACUGAAGACGAGGCUGAUGAAUUCAAAAGGAGAGUAUACAGGGGUGAUGCAUUGCUUACGAGAAACAGCCAAACUGGGUCCACUGGCAUUUUACAAGGGACUUGUUCCUGCAGGAAUCCGCUUGAUUCCCCACACAGUGCUCACCUUCAUCUUCCUUGAGCAGCUCAAGAAACACUUUGGCAUUCGUAUCAUCUCCUGAUUGCCCUCUGACCAGCCGCUCUUAAGCCAUCCUUACUGCCUAUUACUACACCCACAGUCACUCUGCUGUUCAUCAAAGGAAAGAAGGGAAGGAAGGAAGACACACACAGUUUGUUAUGGCUUGUGUAUGCUUUCCCUCUCCUUUAGCUCUACCUCUACAUUACAGCUAGUAGUUAAAUUGUUUUUUUUAUUUGGAGCACCAACUUCCAGCAAGGAGCUAAUCCUCUUCUGAUUAUCCAUAAAUGCUAAUGAUAUGAUAUUAGUUAGAAAUGAUUUAAUCAAAAAGGUCUGUAAUGGGUUAUUAGAAUGACAGAUAAUAAAAUUAAUGGAUAUCCAUGAUCAUUUUAGCUACAGAUGGGUACGUGAUUGUAAUAAUUGAAUUAAUAAUUGUUGCUUAAAUAAGUCCUUUUCUAACCGUUGAUUGUUAUCAUAUUAUACCAAGACAUGUUUAGGAUUUAUAGAAUUGUAAAAUCUACUUAUGAAGCUUAAAAACAAACCCAGCACGGCCUUGUCCUCAGUGUGACUCUGAUAGACAGUAACAGUAAAUACCAAAGCCAUUACUGAAGCAUGACUAAACAAGCUGUUACGUAAUUCCAUGAUAACCAUUCCAACCAACGUUAACCAUGUGGGCUGUACUCUUGGUACUGAUUUAUUUGUUAUCUUCCUUGUUGAUUAAUUUAUAUUUUAGAACUGGAAAUCGACUUUUCGCAAGUUAAAGUUACAUUAUCGUUUACCAGAUAUUUUGUAUUUUACUUGGUUCCUCUGUUAGCAUUUCACUCUCAGAUCAAGAGAAGAUAAGGACCAGUCUUGCUAAUGCUGCAUUUUCUAAGUGAGAAGGAAAUUAGUGGAGAAAGUGUGAACCAGAGGAGGAGGCUGUUAAAAUCCUAAUGAAGAUAGAGGCUGUUUUGUGCAGAAGCCCUCGUGGCAAAUUGAGGGCUUUGCACAUUAUCUAAAGUCUUAACUCUCCUGUAUUUGACUAAUUGGAAUUUCUUUUGCCAGAGUAAUCUUUCUUAAUUUGUUAUUUUACAGGGGGGGGGGGAGUGUUUUGCAGUACUAAUUUUGGCCACUAGAGGUAUCUCUAUUCCAUGUUAUAAAUAAAACUAAAGGCCCUCAUGUUAAUUUCAGCAUUUAGUAUAAACAUGAGGCACUUACAUUGUGUGUUGGCACAUUUCUAACAUUACAUUUAUGAAUUUCCUUUGGAUAGAAAUGCAUCAUAGCUCGUUAGGGGUUUGUUGGGUUUAACUUGAAUUAAAAUGGGUCCAAAUCACCACCUUUUCUUAUCUGAUACAGUCAUCAGUGUUACUGUUCUUUGCACUCAUUCUUACAUAAGAGUUUAUAUUCCAUUCAAAACACAGGGACAACCUCUUGACCAAAAAUCGUACUGUACAAACACAUUGUGAAUUUGGGGCAGAUUAAAAAAAAAAAAAAA